AUGGUCAAGAAAACCAGAGAGCGUCAUGCCCGAAAGGCUGCAGCUCUACCUGGCCUUGACCCAGAAAUUAUUGCAAAGCGAAAGAAACGGCAUCUUGACGAGUUGGAGCGCUCCAAUUACUCUGAACCAACGCUUCUCAACACUGAAGGAGAUGGGGAGCCAGAUGGAACCACCAAGGGGCGCGCUCGACAGACCAUUUCCGACAAACGGGAUUUCGAGCGACCUGGCAGAAAGAAGAAGUCUACAAUGAACAUUCGAACUGCGGUUUUGUAUCGCAAGAACUUGUCAACUCUCAUCGAAGAAUCUCAUAUUGCCGAAUAUCCAUCUUCGGUACCUACCUAUUUGACGGCAGUUUCUCCACCUCCCCGUUAUCCGCCGCGGCUUCUGUGCUCAAUAUGUGGCUACUGGGGCCAAUAUAAAUGUAAGCGGUGCGACAUGCCCUUUUGUGAUCGAUCCUGCGAGGAGGUGCACAAUGAGACGCGGUGCGAACGGCGAGUGAUGUAA